AUAUUAAGAAGAGCAGACAAGAAUGAUGAUGGAAAACUCUCCUUUGAUGAAUUCAAAGCUUACUUUGCUGACGGAAUUCUGAGUGGAGAAGAACUACAUGAACUUUUUCACACCAUUGAUACACACAACAAUGACAACCUUGACACAGAAGAGCUCUGCGAAUACUUUUCCCAGCACUUAGGAGAGUAUGAAAAUGUUUUAUCAGUCUUGGAAGACUUAAACAUAACCAUACUGAAGGCAAUGGACAAAACAAAGAAAGACUAUCAGGAAGCUUCUAAUUUGGAGCAGUUUGUGACUCGCUUUCUUUUGAAGGAAACACUGAACCAGCUUCAGUCCCUCCAGAGCUCCGUGGAGUGUGCCAUGGAAACCACAGAGGAACAGACUCGGCAGGAGAGGCAAGAUCCAGCAAAACCAGAAGUGCUCUCAAUUCAGUGGCCAGGAAAACACUCAUCUCGAAGGCUGCAGAGGAAUAACAGCCUGUCACCAAACAGCCCUCGUUUUAGCACAGGUUGGAUGGAGGAAAAUGGCCAGUGGAUGACCCAGAUAAACAGACUCCAAAACCUGAUUGACAGGCUGGAAAAGAAGGACCUAAAGCUCGAGCCAUUUGAAGAGGAGGUUUUGGAAGAAAAUGCAAGAUCUCACAUAAUGAUUGUCCAACGUCAAAUGUCUGUGAUAGAAGAAGAAAUUGAGGAAUUCCGACUUGCUCUGAAGCAGUAUGUAGAAUCCGCUUCUACUCAGGGAGGCUGCUUGCAUGUUUCCAUACAGAAGCUUCAAAGUGAUUCCCGCUUCAUUGUUUAUGAGUUCUGGGAGAACAGCAAUGCCUGGAAUAGGCACCUUCAAAUGAAUUACAGCAAGACAUUCCAAAGAAGUAAUGUGGACUUCUUGGAAACUCCAGAGAUCGUGACAACAAUGCUAGUCCCUG